AUGGCUCACGUCCGUCGCGCUGGUCCUGCACGCGCAGCACGUACCACUGAAACCGACGAGAAUGCAGCCCAACAGGUAGCUGCUCCAGCCAAAGCGAAAUCCACCCGUCAACAAUCAACGAGCAGCAAGAACAACAGCAGCAACAGUAGCAGCAACUUACUCAAGCAAGGUGCACGAAGAGCAGCAUUGUCGGAUGUCUCUAAUCGUGUACCCGUUGCAGCUAUUGCAGGCCCCACAAAGCCAACCGUCACAACCACCACAUCGAAACUCACACGGCCUGUACGGCGUGAAUGGUCGCAGGCUCCUGUUCCUGCAUUGCAAGAAGCAGCGCCACUUGUGGAAGAGGUAGAGUUGACUGUGUCGGAUGAGGAAGAUGCAGAGACUGGUUCGGAGGUGGAUCAUUCGGAAGGCAUGCAGAUUGAUGUCGAUGAUGCCGUACCCGCUUGGGGAAGAGCCGCUCAGCGUGAUGCCAAUGCUGUGGACCAUGAUAUCAAAUUGGGUGAGCCAGUCCUGAGGCCUCGCUUCUUCAAAGAGGAUCUAGCAGUCAUGAAUGAGGUGGUACACACAUUUGUGGAUGAGUGGGAAGAGUGGAGCGACAUCUCCAUGGUGCAAGAGUACGCAGAAGACAUCUUUCCCUACCUCAACAAGCUCGAGCGACGCUUGACGCCAAACGUCAACUACAUGGCAAAUCAAACAGAGCUCGAGUGGAAAAUGCGCGGUAUACUCAUUGACUGGCUCGUGCAAGUCCAUGCGCGUUUCCACCUCUUGCCAGAAACGCUCUUCCUCACCAUCAAUUACAUUGAUCGCUUCCUCUCCGCCAAGACAGUCUCCCUACAAAAACUACAGCUCGUCGGUGCAACGGCCUUGUUUGUUGCUUCCAAGUAUGAAGAGAUUCAGUGUCCGAGCGUCUCUGAAGUCAUUUACAUGGUUGACAAUGGCUACACGAAUGAAGAGUUGCUCAUGGCUGAACGCUUCAUGAUUGGUAUGCUCAACUUUGAACUUGGCUGGCCUGGCCCUAUGAGUUUCCUACGACGCAUCUCCAAGGCAGAUGACUAUGAUAUCGAUACGCGGACCAUUGCCAAGUACCUGCUGGAAACGAUGCUCAUGAGCGAAUUGUUUAUUGCGACACCACCGAGCUUUGCUGCUGCCAUUGCCAACUACCUGGCACGCUCAGUGCUCGGUCGUAGUGAAGUCUGGACGGACGCACACAUCUACUUCUCAAGCUAUACCGAACCUCAGAUUGUGCCGGCGGUGAAUGUCUUGAUACACGAAUGUCUCAGGGAUGGACGAACACGACACGGCGCAAUCUUUGAAAAGUAUGCUGAUAAGAAGCACAAGAAGGUGUCACUCUUUGUUGAGCAAUGGCUUAGCACACGCCCACUACACUGA